UGUAGUACAGCGCAGUGUCUUAUUGUAUUGAUAUUCAUUCAAGAUGGGGCUCGGUGUGCUGAACGACACCAAGCUUUCCCAUGUGCCUGGAACCGCUACGCUCGAGGACUUCGAUCCGGCCGCAUCGCUCGCGCGCGGCAGAGACACAUCGAAGCUCAAAAAGAGCAAGACUGGUCUAAUCUUGGUACCGCAGCCGAGUGACGAUCCCAAAGACCCGCUGAACUGGCCGUUAUGGAAACGAGAUCUUAUAUGCGGCGUGCUAUGUCUGCUAUCGGUCAUCGCGUCGACCAUGUCACCGCUCCUCGCCGCGAAUACCCUCACCUUGACCCUAUACUUUAGGGAGAGCUUCACGAAGAUCGCGCUGUUGACAGGAUAUCAUUUACUCGGCGUAGGCGUGGCUGGCUUCAUGUUCGUGGCCAGCGCAAGAAUCUGGGGCAGACGACAUCUCUACGUGCUGGGCACCGUCAUCAUCAUCAUCAGUUCUGCCUGGGGAGGCGGCAGUGGACACAGCUACAAAUCCCUCAUGGCCGCACGCUUCUUCCAGGGCGUCGGUCUGGCUCCUUUUGAAGCACUGGUCAAUGUGAGUGUUGGCGAUCUCUACUUCGUGCACGAACGAGGCAAGAGAAUGGCUGUCAGCAACUGUGCUCUCUUUGGCGGUGCCUUCUUUACCCCAGUUAUUGUGGGCAAGAUGACCCACACCUUGGGCUGGCAGUGGACUUUCUACUUCAUUGCCAUCUUCGCUGCUGCUUUGCUACCUGUCGUCAUCUUGUUCUGUCCCGAGACCGCUUUCGUGCGUGACAGCAGACUCAACACCGACAUGACCUGGUCCCAGCUUUCAGAUGGCAGCAUCUCCGACCACGAGCUGAAGCACGUCUCUGGAGAUGAACCUGGCAACGCCUCUAUGGACAAAGGCGCAACACGCACUGCCGAGAGGACCAUCGCAAACGUGCACCAACCUAUGCCAUUCAAGUUCAUCACACGAGACAACAUCGCCUUGUUCAAUGGUCGCAAGACGGAUGAGAGCUUCUUCAAGCUCGUGCUGCGUCCGUUCCCCCUCUUCUUCCACCCUGGCAUUCUAUGGUCAUGCUUGAUUCAAGGUGUGAUGAUUGGCUGGACAGUCAUGAUCGGUAUUGUGCUUGCUGCCAUUAUGCUGGGACCACCGCUCUUCUUCAACGAGGUGGAGACUGGAUACAUGUACACUGGCGCUUUCAUCGGAUCCCUCGUUGGUCUUGCCGUAUCUGCCUUGAUGUCGGACAGCUUCAUGAUCUGGUUAACGAAGCGCAACAACGGUAUCUACGAGCCCGAGUUCCGCAUGUUCCUCGUAAUCCCCAUGAUGAUUCUCGGUGUCGCCGGUCUCUACGGCUUCGGAAUCACAAGCGCCAACACUCACAAGUACCGCUGGUUCUGGCCGGACUUCUUCUUCGGCGCAGAGGUGGCGGGAAUGGUCGUCGGCACUGUCGCAGCUGCCCUCUACAUCGUUGACGGCCACCGCGAUCUCGCCAUCGAAGGCUUCACCUGCGAGAUGAUCUUCAAAAACAUCUUCUCUUUCGGCCUCACCUUUUCGGGAUACAACUGGCUCGUUUCCGGCAACAUCAAGCCUGUCUUCUACUGGAUUUCAAGCGUACAGGUGGUGAUCUGUUGCCUCACGAUCCCCAUGUACUUAUUUGGCAAGAAAAACCGAUCUUUCUUUGCAAGACACGAUUUGUUGGAGCUCACUCGUCUGAGAUAGAUUUCAAUAUUUUAGGUCUUUGAUGCUGGCAGUUUAGCGAUUUUAUUCAACAUACAUCUUGUUUCAUUGCCUCUGUGGACAUGGCUCAUCUUGAAGUUGCUACUGAUGUGGACAGUCCUACACCAAAAAAAAAUAUCGGGGACAGCUUUUC